GUAAGUUUUACCACAUUUGGUCGCGGCCACCACUGAACGGUGUAUACGCCCCUUCUACUAUUCUGAAAGCGCACGGCCGCAUACCUACACCCAGUACCUAACACGUACCGUCGCAUAAAGUGAUCCUUCUUAUCCAAAUUGCUUCAAAUGUACCGACUGGAACGUUCACACCCGUGAAAAUAAUUACCAAGGAGUGCAGUCAACUAUACGACCAUUUCAGCAAAUACACACUAGGGUACUAUCAUCACGAUCGCCAGCAUGUAACCACUGCAUUGCGACAAUGGGCAAAACCAUCCGAUUCGAUGUGGCAGGGCGGGUGUUCAAAACCUCACUGAAGACCCUACGCAAGUUUCCCAAAUCUACGCUCGCUAUGAGUAUAUUCCCCACAGAAAUGUCCGAGCGCUUAGUCGAUACCGAGCUUGCCUCAGAAGAUCGUAUGCAAACAAAUGAGAAAGGUGAGGAAUCUCGUACUAGUGGUGUAGUAUAUACAACUGGUACCAGUGAAGGUGACGGCUUAAACAGUACAGGACACACCAAGACAGCGGGAAGUACAGAUACGGACGACGCGGUGUACUUCCUGGACAGAGACGCAGACGCCUUCGCGGACAUCCUGAAGUAUAUGCGACAUCCCGAAGCCUAUACAGCCCCUGCCGACCCCACCUUCCGGUAUCUUGUGUGGUCUGAGGCUCGGUUCUACUUCAUGGACGGUCUCUUAACACGCCUGGGUGAGUGCUACAAAGACCCUGUUGUACCAGACUACACAGACGCAUCGUUCGAGCUCUCUCCAGGCAUACUCAGUGGUUUGAACCGAGUGCCGGGCUGUCUGGUAGCCUACAUAACGCGUGAGAGUGCGACCGACUCCCCGGUGUCUGUCGUAUGGUCGGAUUCCGGUGUCGGGUUUCCAGUGUACGAUUCCAUCACCGACAUGCGAGGCCUGGUGCUGUCGUUCCCCUACCACCACGUGCGUCUAUCCGGCGUGGCCAUUAGUGUGAACGUAGACGAAGUAAACAAUGCAGCUGCGUGCAUGGGUGAACGCUACCCUGGUUUCGGCGCAUACUUCGAACCACAUCUCGCGACAAUCCCUGAGGUAGCAUUAUAUGGCAUUACAGCCGAACGGAAGCGGGUAUAUCUUCUCGGCUGUAGGAAGAACCGACUAGAACCGAUUAGGCGAUGUUCGAUAGUGGGUGAUGCCGCUGCGGAGACCCACAUAGGUCUGUACCUCAGCUUGGAGCAGAAUGCGCAAGAAAAUUGAGGUGUAUGGUAGUUCGGUACUAAUUGCCCCCGGCAUGCCCCAAUGUGCGGGUCGAUACGUGUAUUGGCCAGGCUGACCAUACGGGUGAGUGUGAUCACUUGGGAAUAGGCAAGUGGCGAUAGCGUGGGGGGGGGGGAGUAUGCAUGCGUAUACUUGGAGAGGAUACAACGAUGAAUCGACUCAGGUCUGAUUGGAAGAUCGAACCCAAGGUGGGCAUAUUCUAAGACGCAAAUUGAGACAUUUGACAGUCCUGUACUUUAUGUACGCCCAGAAUGCGGUAUGCACUGUGUGGUCGGCCUUGAUAAGCAUAGACUGCACGCGUUAUACAAUGGGCCACAGUGGGAGAAGUCAGGGAGAUCCGAUUAUGUGGCGAGUGCUGAGACGCACUGCUGCUAUAUAGGGCUCUGUAGGUAGACGUGUGAGGGUCGGGUAUGGUUACGAGUUUUGGUUUAGUUUCAGUUGUGUGUGCACGAGAAAAGGGUGCUAUGUCUUAGAGCAGUCCGCUAUAGAUAAGAGGACCAGUUGUUACAGCCGCAUCAAUUUGAGAUUAACAUCUGACUGUGUUACACGCUUGGGAGCUUGGGCUGGUGCAACCGUCUACGAAGGGACGUGUGACCGUGAACACCGACCUACUACUCAAGCCCUGUACAGAAAGAGGGGGGCAUCUGUGUUAAGUGUGUUGGUCUUCCUGAGAGAUCGAUGGCUUGCUUAGACGAGCCUGUUGCUACAUAUGGUGUUAUGAGCCACAACAAAUGGCCCUCAUGCUUGAGCCACGACUUCACUCCUUGCGACAGGGCCGUACCCUUUGCCUUAAAUUACUUUCCGAAACCGGCCUUUACCUUAAACUACUUUCCAAAAUCAGCCUUUACCUUGGUUUACUUUCCAAAAUCGGCCGUUGCCUUAAACUACUUUAAAGAAUUGGUAUAUCACCUUUAAAAAGUACUUAUCAAAAUCGAUAGUAGACCUCUAUUUACAAAGUGAUAGUGGUCACAAUUAAAUGACAAACUUACAUCUACUAGUAUAAGAGAGAGUAGUUUAAACAAAUAAAUGGUAAAUUUAC